AUGGCAGAUGCAGCGAUUUUCUACUUCCAAAGGACAUUAUAUAAAGAAAGUGAUAAGACUUCAACUUGGCAAACUAUUCCCGAAAACACGACAGUAGUUACAGCUUAUAUAGAUAUAGGCCCUUUUUCAAAAGGAUAUCUUCAUAGGAAAAGGUCGACAACAUUCUAUUUUGAAAGAGCCAAAGCUUUUAAAUUCUUGUUAAAUUCAUUAAUAGUAUUCACAAAUUCAAAUAUAUUUAAACAUUAUAUGCUUGAAUUACGUCGAGACCUUCUGUCUGUUACAAAAGUGUUUCUUAUUGAUUCAAUGUCGAUAAGGUCAUUCCAAUAUAUAAAACAAAUUCAAGAAAUUUUUCUGCUACAUUCAUACCCAAAAUACUAUCCCCAUACAACAAAUCCUAUGUAUACAUGUGUAACCCAUGCCAAAUUCGACUUUCUUUUGAAUGCAACGACAGAAAACACAUUCAAAUCAAAAUAUUUCAUGUGGUUAGAUGUUGGAUAUUAUUCAAGUAAAACAUCUUUAAAAAUGUUUUAUUUAUCCAAACCGCCAUCAUUUGAUGAAACUAAAAUAGCGGCUGACCAAGUUGUUUCAAAUCUUACUCAAGCGCUUGAAUUAGAUCCAAACACAAUUUUCAAAAAGAAAAUGAGCAUUGUAGCGGCUGGUCUAUUAUAUGGAGAGAGAAGUCGUAUAAUCUAUUUUUCAAAACUGUAUCAACGGGGGUUUCGGUACUUUUUGUCACAAAAUUUAACUAAUUCAGAGCAACAGGUCAUAUAUGCAAUUUACUGUGAUAAAGGCAGCCGUAUACUAAAACCGGCUGUCGAGUUACAAUAUUACAGGGCGCCAGGUGCUCCUUAUUAUCACUUCCUUGGUACUAGACUUAUGAAAGUUAGCUCACUUUCGUAAUUGAAAACGACGUUGGAAAAGGAAAUGACAUUUAAAAACUUGUACUUUUAGACAAAGAAAAUAGAGUUGUAUGUUUUGUUGAGUUCUUUCAUGUAUCAAAUGUUCGAAACAGAUAACGACCUUAACAAAAACAAAUGAGUGAAAAACAAACAAUGAAGAAAAAGGCAAAAACAACAAAGAACGGAUGUAAAUGAAAUCAGAUAAAUAGUUGUCGAAUGUUAUAAAAUAAACUUAAGUCAAUAUUACAUUACUGCACAGUUACAUAACGCAUUAUGUAUUCCUA